GGCCGCGCCGCAGCAGGGAGCUGUCCCGGCCGCGCUGCUCGGAGCUGCCCGUCUGUCGUGCCUGUGCAGCCAGGAAACGGGCGGGAAAAGCUUUUUUUUUUACUUUUAUGCCGUCUCGGUCAGAGCCGUUUCUCCUCCUCGCAGGCCUUGCUGCUUCGCGCUUUAGCUGUGCUCACAAGCCCUCUGGGUAAUUCAUCCCCCAGCGCUAAGGCCGGGGGUGAGGGCAGGGGCUGGAACGGCGCGGGGAGGGAGGACAGCAAGAACAGAAGGUCCCGAGCGAGCUGCCCACGUCCAAACGCUUUAAUCGGGUGCUGGGAGCCAUGGCAGGAACAAUGUUUUUCAUUGGUAACCAGAUGAUUCUGGACGAAGUUUACGAUGAGACGUACAUUCCCAGCGAGCAAGACAUCUGGGAUUUUGCACGGGAGAUCGGGAUCGACCCUGAGAAGGAGCCGGAGCUGCUGUGGCUGGCCAGGGAGGGCAUCCUGGCCCCAUUGCCACCCGAGUGGAAGCCCUGCCAGGAUAUCACUGGAAACAGCUAUUACUUCAACUUCACUAACGGCCAGUCCAUGUGGGACCACCCCGUCGAUAAUCACUACAAAGAGCUCGUCGUUCAGGAGCGAGAGAAACUGCUGGCACAGGGCAGCUUGAAAAAGAAAGAGAAGAAGAAGAAGAAAGAAAAGAAAGAGAAGAAAGAUAAGAAGGAGAAGCAGUCCCUGAAGCAACCCGCUGUGCUGGGAGCCAUGUCAGGACCAAAGGUGUGCAUUGGUAACCAGAUCAUUCUGGAGGAAGAUUAUGAUGAGACGUACAUUCCCAGUGAGCAAGAAAUCUUGGAUUUUGCACGGGAGAUCGGGAUUGACCCUGAGAAGGAGCCAGAGCUGCUGUGGCUGGCCAGGGAGGGCAUCCUGGCCCCGCUGCCACCCGAGUGGAAGCCCUGCCAGGAUAUCACUGGUGAUGUCUAUUACUUCAACUUCAGUAGCGGCCAGUCCACAUGGGACCACCCCUCUGAUGAUCGCUACAAAAAGCGUGUCAUUCAGGAGCGAGAGAAACUGCUGGCACAGGGCAGCUUGGAAAAGAAAGAGAAGAAGAAGAAGAAGAAAGAAAAGAAAGAGAAGAAAGAGAAGAAGGAGAAGCAGUCCCUGAAGCAACCCAUUCCUGCAGAGACCUGUAAGCCCACCAGCCAGACCAAGAAGUUGCUGAGCUUGGGCUGCGAAGAGCAGAGCUCCUUGGAUACGGAGAGCCUGGAUAGCGGGAAGAACAAAGAGGAUGAAAGCAGGAAUGAGAGUCUCCAUGGGACAGCACUUCUGUUCAAAAACGUAUACAUGGAUGUCAGCGCCCUGGGAGGCAGCUUCAAUUCUGAGGAGAACAGCAGAGCAGAGGAGGAAGAGUGUGGUGGCCAGUUAGCUGCUGGACCUGAUGCCCAGAGCCCGAGGAGGCCUGCAGAGGAAGCUGGCAGCCCGGGAGAGAACGAGUCUUCAAAAUCAAGACACACUGAAGAAGGGCAAGAGUCUUCCCUGGCUUCUGACGCGGCGUGCCCUCCGACGCCAGCUCACGUCCUUCCUGGAGAUGCUGACGGUAGCCUGUCUGUCCAGAGCAAAGAGGAAUCCUCUGGGAAACUCUCUGGCAAGGGGCUACCGGGCAAGCAGGAUGCCGAGGCGGAAGAUGACAACUCUUCAGCUGAUGAGCUGCUGCCGUCUCUGGGCAAAAGGAGCGCAGCAGGGACAGAUGUGCCCCGCGGACCUGGGCAACCUGCAGUCGCGUCUCCAGCUGCCGAAGCCGCCGAGGAGGAUCAGCUGGCCAGCCUGGCUGCCGCCAUCGACACCGUGUCUGUUGGCGAAAAGAGAGCGAACGAAACGAGGGAAGAAGCAGCAGCUGGUCUGAAAACAGACAGCAGGCUGGAUGCUGGCAAAGUUUCAGAGGCUUCUGAGCUCAGCUACUGUGAGGAGGACUUGCAGGUCUGUAACAGCUUGGACAGCGAGCUCAUUCAGCUUACGGACUUGGGCUUCUUGAGUCGCCUUCCCGGGCAGGUGCUGGAUGCGGAGGUUCUGUCUCCGGCUGCGGGCAGCCCCGUGGACAAGGCCCAGGAGCCGGGAGAAGAAAAAGACCAAAGCAAAGCUGGUGUGGAGGAAGAGCACAGCCAAAGAACAAAAGCUGCGGAGAGCGAGAGGGAUCAAAGUGCUUGUGGAACACCAGAAGAGAAGCGUUCCGCUUUAGAAUUGCUCAGUCUGGAGGAGGCCGUGGCCCAGGAGCCGGAGGAGGGAUUGAUGGAUCUGGAGGAGCUUGCUGCCCCGCAGAAAGGGCAACCUGAGAUGAAAAUCGAGCGUGAGGACUCCUUCAGCGAGUCUAGUCUAGAACACUUGAAUGCAAAGAACGAGAAAAUUCAGAAAUUCCAGGAAGAGAUGAAGCAGCAGGAGGAGGAGAAAGCCAAAAUGCUACAUCAGCAGAAAGAACAAUCCCUCAGGACUCUAAGUGAUUUGGCAAAGGCUGCUGAGGAGGAAGAGUCACGUGUCCGUAAGGAAGAAACUGAGAGGCUCUCACAGCUCCGAGCCAAAAUCACCUCGGAGACCGAGGCUGAGAUGGAGAAGAUCAGGGCGGAGCACGAGGCGACACUGCAGAAGCUCCGAGAGGAGUGUGAAUCCCAGCAGGCGAUGGAGAAGGAGAGCCUGGAGAGGCAGCAGCGGCUGCUUCUGGAGGAAAUGAAGCUGAAAAUGAAGGAAGCCCAGCAGAAGGAGAUGUCCGAGCUGCAACGAGAGAAAGAACAAUUCCUGAAUGAGCUCAGGGAGAGAUUGGACAGGGAGAAGAAGAAGGCAGUGGAAGAGCUAGAGGAACAGUUUGCAACUGAACUCCACCAGCUGAAGUCUGAGGCAGAGGAGAAGCAUCAUAAGGUCAUUUCCAGCCUGCAAACCCAACUAGCAGAGGCACGGCGGAACGAGGAGGCUCAGCUGCGCGAAGACUUGCAGAGAGCCGAGCAGAAAGCUCAGCAAAAGGCCCGACAAGUCAUGGAGUAUGAACACGAGCUCAGCGAACUAAUGAGGGAGAAGCGGCAGAACGUGGAAAAAGACCACGAGAGGAAAAUGGAGAGGAUGAAGGAGCAGCACGAGGAGGCCCUGGCGCGGAUGCGGGAUCACUACGAGGAGGAGGAGAGGAAGCAAAGAGCAGAGCUGCUGGAAGGCCUGCAAAGCGAGGGGGCGCGUCUCCGGCAGCUUCAUGAAGCCGAGGUGAAGGCUCUGCAGGUGGAGCUGGAUGAGCAGCUCGCUGCGCUGCAGCGCAAGCACAGGGAGAAGGAAAGAAAACUCCAGGAUUCAGAGAACGAGCUUGAAAUGCGUGAGAAGAACAUCAAAUCCAGAUCAGUGCAGCUCCUUAGCCAGGUGAGUCAGCCCUGUGGGGCUCACAGAGGUGUCUUAGCCGGUGCUGCUCCUCGGGCUGCUUCCUCCUGGGCUCAGCCAGGACAUUGGGAAGGAAAACUUCCAUCACAGGCCAGAUCAGGGCUCAGCGUUCCUGGCCAUACAGCCUCCUGGAUGGUGUUUGCCGGGAAAGUCAGUGCUUGGGGUUUGCUCAGGGAGGAGUCUCUGAGGAGGAAAAGGCAGCAGCUGCUGGACGAGGACCGACAGGCUGAGCUAAAAAGAGACCUCCAGCUAGAGGAGAGCAGGAAGGAGCGCACCAGCCUCCUGGAGUCCACCCGGCAGCUGCGUAAGUCUCUGGAGGAGCUGCAGGACCAGAAGGCUGAGCUGGAGGCUCAGGUGGACUUGUUGCAGACCCGAAGCCAGAGGCUACAGAAACGCAUCAGCGAGCUGGAGGCAGCUGUCACGAGAAAACAGGAGACACUGAGAGAACUGGAGGCAGAGGAAAGCAUGAAAUCUCCGAGACGGAAAGCUGAGCUCCGUGUAGAAGACUUGAGAGAAACUCUUCAAGCUCACUCAUCCAGGGAACCUGCUUCCCCAUCCUCCCAAAGCCACGAGAACAGCAGCCUGCAGUUAGAUCAUGUCAGGAGCUUCAUCUCCACGGAAGGGAUCUCCAUCAGGAACGCCAAGGAGUUCCUGGUGCGGCAGACCCACUCCAUGAAGAAGAGGCACACGGCGCUGCGAGCUGCCAAGCAGCAGUGGCACCAGGACAUGCAGAAAGCCCAGGAGGCGGCGCAGGAUCCCGACAGCUCCCAGCUCCUGGACGGUGUGCGCAAGAACCUGGAAGAGGAAGCAAAGCAGCUGGACAGGAUGAAGUCAGCUAUGUGCAAAGGGCAGGCGCUGCUCAAGAAGAAAGAGGAGAAGCUGAGCCAGCUGGAGUCCUCGCUGCUGGAGGAGCUUUCGGAUGAAGAUACUCUGAAGAGUACUGCAUGUAAGAAGACGGUGACUUUUGACCUCAGCAGCUCUGAGGACACGAACAGCAUGUCCAGUGUAAAUCUGCACCAGCCCAGCUUCGAUUUAAGAACCAAUUUACAGCCUGCCCUCCCGCUGAACAAGAUUCAGUGCUUGACAAAAUCUGUUCAGCACAUCUCGAAGGAGCUCAACGGGGUCAUCGACGUCCUGGGCUCACUGAACAACUGCCAGUCUCCACUCUUAACCUCAAUGCCCUGCGACAGCAUCCCUCUCUCGACGUACACCUCCUUGGCAGGACUGGAGGCUGGGGGGUCCUUGAGGGCCCCUGCCGGGCUGUCUCUGGUGGACCAGAGGCCCUGGAGCACUGGACUGAGCUCUGGGCACUCUUCUGCAGCAGGACAGUCAGGUGAAAGCAUCCUGGCCGAGAAAUAUCACAGGUAUUUCCCAGGGGGGUUGCCGUCGCUCAGUUCCAAGCCUCCAGAGAACAAGCUGGGAUACGUUUCUGCAGAGGAGCAAAUACGGCUGUUCCAGCGCUCCCGGUCCCAGAGGUGGGAGUCAGACAAGACAAGUAUUCAAGACAUGAUUGAGACCAGCAAGAAAUGGCUAGAGGACUUCAAGAGGGAUUCAAAAGUGUAUCCUUUGCCUGGCUCUGCUCUUUAA